UGACGCGGGGGUGGACACGCCCCCGCGCUUACGUCACCAGCCCGGUUCCCUCUCCCAGGAGCGUUGGCGGACGCGCGGCUCCCACCCCCUCCCCUCUCACGGGCUCUCCCCUCCCCGGUGGCGGCCGCGGCCCGACCCUCUGCAAGGCGAUGGCCCGGGCCCCGAGCGCGGGCUAGCGUGCCUGGGUGCCCGGCCAUGGGCUGUAUCGGCUCUCGGAGCCCGGCGGGUCAGGCAUUUCUGGGGACCACCAGCUGGCUGAGGCUCAGGGACAGAGACGGCUGCUCCAGCUAAAGUGGCCUCGGAUCCGGCGUGGGCUGUGGAGUGGAUCGAACUUCCUCGGGGCCUCUCUCUGUCUUCCUUGGGAUCUGCUCGGACCCUCCGAGGCUGGAGCCGGUCCUCCCGUCCUUCCUCAGUGGACAGCCAGGACUUGCCAGAGGUGAAUGUUGGAGACACAGUCGCGAUGCUGCCCAAGUCCCGAAGAGCCCUAACUAUCCAGGAGAUUGCUGCGCUGGCCAGAUCCUCCCUGCAUGGUAUUUCCCAGGUAGUGAAGGACCACGUGACCAAGCCCACUGCCAUGGCCCAGGGCCGAGUGGCUCACCUCAUUGAGUGGAAGGGCUGGAGCAAGCCAAGUGACUCGCCCGCUGCCCUAGAAUCAGCCUUUUCCUCCUAUUCAGACCUCAGUGAGGGUGAACAAGAGGCUCGCUUUGCAGCAGGAGUGGCCGAGCAAUUCGCCAUUGCAGAAGCCAAGCUCCGGGCAUGGUCAUCAGUGGAUGGGGAGGACUCCACCGAUGAAUCCUAUGAUGAGGACUUUGCUGGGGGAACUGACUCAGACAUGACUGGGCAGCUGCCCCUGGGGCCCCACCUCCAGGACCUCUUCACCGGCCACCGAUUCUCCCGGCCUAUGCGCCAGGGCUCCGUGGAACCCGAGAGCGACUGCUCGCAGACCGUGUCCCCAGAGACCCUGUGCUCUAGUCUGUGCAGCCUGGAGGACGGGUUGUUGGGCUCCCCGGCCCGCCUGGCUUCCCAGCUGCUGGGCGACGAGCUGCUCCUCGCCAAACUGCCCCACAGCCGGGAAAGUGCCUUCCGCAGCCUGGGCCCAUUGGAGGCCCAGGACUCGCUCUACAACUCGCCCCUCACAGAGUCCUGCCUUUCUCCUGCUGAGGAGGAGCCAGCCCCCUGCAAGGACUGCCAGCCGCUCUGCCUGCCGCCAGCGAGCAGCUGGGAACGGCAGCGGCAAGCCUCUGACGUAGCUUCUUCUGGGGUGGUGUCCUUAGACGAGGAUGAGGUGGAGCCAGAGGAACAGUGACCCAAAUCAUGCCCGGUGGUGGCAUGUGUCCCCUGGCCGCUGCUGGGGGCAGAGCCUCUGUGCCCAAGCACGGGCGAGGCUUCCAGCAGAGCUCCAAAGCCUGGAGGGCUCCUGGGAGCACUCACUCCUCCAUUGUGUGUUUGCAUGAAAGUGUUCAGAGGAGGCAGGGGCCAGGCUGGGGGCGCAUGUCCUGCCCCCACUCCUGGGGUUUGCCGGGGGUUGCCCGGGGCCCCUGGGGCAUGGCUACAGCUGUGGCAGACAGUGAUGUUCAUGUUCUUAAAUCAAAACCACCACGUGCACAUUUCCCCCUUGGGUGAUGUGAACCCCUAUGGGGGCAGCUGUGACUGGGCUGUGUGGGGUGGAGCAGGAGGGAGCCCUGCCUCCCCACCCCCUCCCCCUGCCUCUCCUCUGCUUCUCUCCUCACCUCCGAGUCCAUGUGUAGUGCUUGACAGAAUUGCCCCCGCCCGGGGUGGGGGGUGGCUCUGACCCUCCUGGAGCCUCUGGAUUGAGCUGUCCCCCCAAGGGCCCCUCGCCCAGCUGGGCUCGUGCUGUGCUUCACCUGUCCAUCAUCUCUAAAUCUUCUUUUUCCUAAA